GUCCUGGCGACACGCUAGCCUGUGUUUACUUUUGAGUUGUGAAGAUUAUCGCCAGAAUUGUCUGUUUGACUGCAAGAAAUCGGAUUGAGAACACUUACGACCGCGGCCACCUGUGCACACUACGAACUUUGGCGAUAGACCACAAAAUCCCACAAAGUCCACAAGAUGAUUCUCGAGGAGGACCCCGCGCUGUUGAUCCGCGCCACGGUCAACAACUUCAACAUCCAGCCCGACAAAGCUGCCAUCACGCGCGUCGGCGGCGCGCUCUCGAUGCUCCAAGAGGCGCGACAGCUCAGACUGCGCGAGGCCGAGACGUCGCUCAAGAAACUCUCGCGCCAGCUCAACACGCUCCAGUCGCAGCACACGGAGCUGACGUCGCAGCACUCGUCGGCGGCGCACGCGUCGGAGAUGGCGCGGCUCGACACGCAAAAGUUCCGCACGGCCAAGGCGGCGUCGGACCUCGAGGUCGAGACGGAGCGGCUGUCGUCGCAGGCGGCCGACCUGGCCGCGCGCCUGCAGGAGCUCGAGCUGCAGGGCGUCGAGGGUGAGGCCUCGGCCACGGACCCCGUCGAGGACGAGGUCCUGCUCCGCCUCAAGGUCUACCGCGGUCUCGGCAUCGAGCUCGAGCGCGAGGGCGGUGGCGGUGGCGGCAGUGAGGGGGCCGACGGCGGCGAGUGGACCCGCGCCGUCAUCCGCAACGACCGCAAGGGGGACGUCCACGUUGUCAACAUGGACAAGAAGUUCACCAGGUUCUUCUACGCAAACUACUUUUGGCAGACGCUGUGAGAAGGAAGGGCCGCUCCGCCGAGCCUUGUCCGGUUUUUGACCGGCAUAUGAUUUGAACGAUAAUGACAUAAUGGACUACAGAAUGGUAUGCGGCGCUGGUGGCGUUCGGGUUAGGGGUUUUCUUGGUGGUUGGGUCUCAUGGGCUGUUCGAUAUGGCAGGUCCUUUCGUGUUUUUGCUGGUCACUUGCCCAAGAUCGCUGUGUAACAGCAACUGCUCUCAGGGGCUUGAUAUGGCUGGAUCCAGAUUUCUUUUGGAGUUUGACGAAUACCCAAUCUACAAUUUCUUCAUAAUGAGAUCAACAAAGUUCCUUCUAAGCAAG